UUGUUAGGUCAGCCAGGCAUGGCGGAGGAGGAAGAGGAUCCGUGGAGCGAUGGCGAUGGCGAUGGUGGUGAAGGCCCUCGAGAAUCCGAAUGGCAGAGCAGGAAUUUCCACACGCUCGGAUACCGCGAUGGUCUCUUUGCUGGGAAAGAAUCGUCGGCACAGAAGGGGUUCGACGCUGGAUUCAAGGAGUCGGCUCCAGCCGGAUUCGAUUGGGGGAUUGCGAGAGGCAUUACAAGUGCUUUUGCGGCAUUGUCACCGAGGCAUCAAGAGUUGCUGGCUCCGGACAAGAAUGCGCGCGACGAUCUAAAGUCUCUGCACGAUUCCAUCUCUGGUAUUUCCUCCAACGAUGCUUUGGCCUCGUACCACAGCCACCAAGUCCUACGAGACGAAACCUCCACCGUGGCUGACGUUGGUGUCUUGAGCUCUCAAGCCAAAGCAGCGGCAGACAAAGCUUCCAUAGCGUACGAUGCUCUUCUACAAAAUAGUCGAUCCACCAAUCUCAGCGUGACGGAAGUUCCAAGAAGUUGACAGAACGAGAUGGACACAAACAUAUUUGCGAAAAGUCUCGACGAUCCGACACGAAAAGUAGCUAGGAAAGUUUCUCAAGACUUGAGUGGUUUUGGUGGACGAGAAGGCUGUUUUCGUGGACUUUUAGGUGGUUUUCUUCGGUGCGAAGAAGCUGGCUGCCAUUCGCAAAGCUGGAUUCCCCGGCAGCCACGCUGCUGCCGCGAAGAAACUAUUUUUUGGAAUUCCAAGUCUUUGUGCGGUGGCAACAGUGGACGCCGUGCUCAUCGACACCAACACCGUCAACAGUGAAAGAAGCCUGGCGAUGAUCCUCUUUCCAAAGUACGAGCCAAGUCGACAAGGAAUGUGUCGCGCACUUGCGCGGGUCAAACAGCGCACGGGGACCUUUGACACGGAGGACGGAUCUUUGGCUUUGGACCGGGCUCCAACACCGCAUCGCCCAACCAGUGUCGGGACUCGCCGAGUUCCCGUGCCGGCAUCUUUGAACGGAUCAAAUCCAUAUCCAAAGCCCAGCCUCUUCCUUUUCUCGUCAUUAUCAUAAAGGAAAAAAGAGAGAACCAGAAAGAUCUGAUAGAUAGCUCCUGGCUAA